GGCAGGCAGCCCCGCAGAGCCCAGCGGCCAGGCCCGAGGGGCGAGAGAGAGGUCUGAGACGGAGCCAGUUUCAGCCUUACGGGCUCGUUGGGCUAGGGGGCGAGAGAGAGAGAGAGAGAGAGUGGGCUGCAUCUCCGCUUGCGGCACAUGAGCUAAUCGAUGCAGAGGCGUUCCUUGCAUUGUUUCCAAGUGCUUUGCAACAGAGGCGAAAAUGCUACCUGGUGCUGCAGCACCGGGAUCUUUGCCCUUUGCCCACGACGGCUUCGACUCCGCACGCGGCCCCUGCACCUUUGCCGCUUUGCGCACGCUGCUGCACGAUGACCUGCGCGGCGUCGACGCGUCGACGCGGGUGGCGAUCGCGAUGCAGAACGGCGCCGACUUGGCCCUGAGCUUGCUGCGAGUGGCGCACUGGGCGGUCGCGGUGCCGCUCGACCCGAACGCGGCGGUGGUGGAGCUGCGAGUUGCGCUCGCUGGCUGCGCCGGGUGCGUCGUCGACGCGGCCGCCGGCCCCGCGGCCUCGGCCGCGGCCGCCGUCGGCACAGCGGUCGUCGUCGCGGUUCCCAAAGCGGGAGAGGCCGGCGCGACGUUUCACCUCCCAGGACCGGAUGCGGUCGUGGCCGAUCCGGCGGCCAACCGGCCUUGUCUCUUGCUACGAACGUCGGGCACGACCGGAAGACCCAAAAUCGUGGCGAAGACGCGACAGCAGCUCGUCGCGGGCGGGGAAGCCAUCGCGCGAUCGCUCGCGCUGCGACCCUCGGACUGCUGCCUCAAUUUCAUGCCGCUCCACCACAUCGGCGGGAUCGUCUCCAACAUCUACUCGCCGCUCGUGUCGGGCUCGGCGGCGGUCUACGUCAAAACCUUCUCGCCCACCGACGUCCUGAACCUCGACAACCUCUCGCCGCGCGUCACCUGGAUUUACUGCGUGCCGUCGCACCUGCAAGCUAUUCUCGCCGCGCGCACGCCGGGAGCGACGCCCCCGCGCGCCGUACGCCUCUACCGCAGCGGCGCGGCCGCGCUGCCCGCGGCCGUCGCCGAGGAGCUGCGCGCCUGGUCCGGGGCCGUCGUCCUCCCGACGUAUUCGAUGACGGAAUGUAUGCCGAUUGCUUCGCCGCGCGGCUCGUACGAGCUGGACCGGGCGGGCAGCGUCGGCCCGGCGAUCGGCCCGGAGCUGGCGAUAUCCGAGCGGGGCGAAGUCCUCAUCCGCGGCCCGCUCGUCUCACACGACGCCAAGGAAUGGUUCGCGACCGGCGACCUCGGCCGCAUCGACCCGGACGGCUGGCUCACGCUCACGGGCCGCGCGAAGGAAAUCAUAAAUCGCGGCGGCGAGGUGGUGUCACCGCUGGAGGUCGAGGACGCGUGCCUGCGCCACCCCCGCAUCGCCGCGUGCGUCUGUUUUGCCGUGCCACACGACGCGCUCGGCGAGGCGAUCGGACUCCUCGUGGUGCCGCGCGGGGCGGCGCCGACGCUCGCGGAGCUGCGGUCGUUUUUAGAACCUUAUCUCGCGGCCGCGAGGCGACCGCAGUACAUCUGCACCGCACCGGCGCUCCCCGUGGGCCCGACGGGCAAGCCGCUUCGCGCCGGCCUACGCCCCCGGAGGGGGCGUGGGUAUGCCUAGUCUAAGUGAAGGCAACUU